CGGCCGCCUGGUGGACUCUGCCAGAAAGGCGACGCUACAACGGCCCAGACCUGGGAGUGGCCAGAACGAUUUGCCACUCGUAGCCGAGUUGUCGCUCAGUGUUGGACUGCCAAGCAGCUGUUCGUAGCAGGUGAACGAGACUCCUCAUGAUGUCGCACUCUGUCACGAUCAGCAGGACCACGACUACCACCACGUCGACGGCCAUCAUCCUCAACACCGGCUACCUCAAGACCGGCGCGGGGCUGCUCAAACUGGCGGAGAUGAUUCUGGGUUGUGUGUGCGUUGGGUUGGUGGCUGCCUACGUCAACAACAACUCAUAUCGGGUGAACCCAAUAUAUUUCACUCAGGUUCUGUUCUUUCUGCUGAUUGCCACAGCGUUCCUCAUCACCACCACGUGUUUGUUGCUGUCAUCACUUCUCUCUUUUCUCACAGCAUCCAUGAUACACAAGACCCUCUUUGAAGUUAUAUAUCACGUGGUUGCAUUUGCAUUGUACCUAGCCGCAGGAAUUGUUUUGCUGGUCGAGAUCAAGGACCACGAUCGGAGUCAAUAUUACAACGCCUACCUCGCUGCAGCUAUCAUCGGUCUGGUGAACGCUGCCUUGUACCUGCUGAGCACCAUCCUGGCGAUUCGGACCUACAAAGGAGCAGGACUGUAGAACGAAAACAUGGUUAGGAUUCUACAGACUUGUGUUCAGAGACAUUACGAGCGUAAUUCUCUUGUAAUGUCAUUCGUUAUCAUCAGAUCGUAUUUAUGUCUGUCGGGGGAAUGCCACGCCCAAUCAGGAACUUUUCUUUCGUGGU